AUGAGUGAUGUCGAGGCAGUCUCUUUACCAGCUGCCCUGGACGUCGGUCAGAAUAGGCUUGCUACGGUAAAGCCAGACCCCGUUGGUCCUUCGUCACCGGGCAAAGCUCGUGCAGACUCCCAUCCACGAGUAGACAGAGAUGGACCGACGCGUGUACAUUCAGAAGGGGAGGAGGAUGGGCCUCCUAGUCCUAGGGCGGAUUCGGAGGCAGAGACAAUAAUCCAAUCAGGUCGAGAAUCCUUGUCGCCAGAGAAGAAAAGAAAGCAUAUCAAGCACGAUCCGAGUCGUCAUGAACCUAACGGAACCGAUGGACACCAGCGAAAGAAACCACGUGUGUUUGGCGAUAACCGUGAACGCGAACAGGAACGGAGCCCUCCUUCUCCAAGCCACCGAGCAAUUUCGCCGUCGGAGGUCAAGAUUGAAAAGGUCGAUGAUUCUCAUAUGUCAGAAACGGAAGGCGUUGCCAAUGGAAUCGCCCGUGCGUCAGAGAGACCUCGUGCUUUCCGUAAGCGAAGCUUCAGUGACAGUGCCGAGGAACAACGCGACCGUCGUCGCGCACACUCACACGCAGCAUCCCAUCCUGUCCGGGAACUUAAACAUACCAAUAAUACGCGCCUCUCCAGACCACCAUCAAACUCGCGAUCGCUUUCACCCAGCCGACCAUCUCACCAACGAUCUGCUUCCGGCUCUCAGUUCCCGACAAAGAAAAAGGCACCAACCCCUCUGCUCACAGGCUCUGGGCGACAUAGCUCCGAAGACAGACAAUCGACGUCCUCCUCUCAGAGCGGUUCUCCACUGCCGGGGGCGCAUCUGCGGAAGCUUGGCUCUGGAGUUGGUGCAUCCGCGUCGCCUGCUAAGCAAAUGGGACCGAAGAAGCUGCGUGACAAGAGCGGCAGGACUCCUCUUGCGCGGGCGCAACACCCCCUGCAGAUCGCGUCGCUUGCUGGAGAAGCCGAAAUCGUCAAGUUCCUGCUAGAGGCAGGCUGCGAGAUCAACACUAAAAAUAUUGACAAAGACACCCCGUUGAUUGAUGCCGUGGAAAACGGGAAUGUGGAGGUGGUCAAACUUCUGCUUGAUGCAGGAGCAAACCCACGAACUGUGAAUGCGGAAGGCGAUGAGCCUUAUGAGUUGGUUCCGUCCUUUGUAGAUGAUGACGAAUAUGAAGAGAUGCGGAAAGCGCUUGCUGACGCCAAGGCCAAUUUGCGGCCUGGUCGACGCUCAGAGGAACAUACAAGACCAGAGAGCAAGGAACCUUCUUCGCGACGGGCCUCAACAGCCAGAGUAACCGCAGCUAGCCCCCGAGAUUCACCUCCGAUGCGCAGCCCCCCUCCAGCUGGCGCGGGAAAUCGACGAAAGGGUGGGCGAAGCGAAGCCACGAGAAAUGACCUCCUGUGGACGAAACCCACAUUCGAAAACCUUCGAGAAUUUGCGGCUAAAGGCGAUGAGGCUGGGGUGGUGAGCAUUCUGAAUAUUUUGCAGAAAGCCGACAAUGCUUCCUUAAUUGCUGCGGCAAAGGGUGGCCACCACGACGUCCUUUCUCUUUUGUAUGCAAUGGGCAAUGCAGAUGCGGAUCCAAACCCGUUGCGUGGUCAAAAAGCGGGAUACAACACGCCCAUGCUUGCUGCGAUUGGCCGAGGCAACAGCGCUGUUAUCCAGCUCAUCCUAAACCAACCCGGAUUCAACCCAACGCGACGACUGUUUGAAGAUAGAACUUAUUUUGAACUGUCUCGGGGUCGACAGGGCGAGAACUGGGAGGACGAGUAUCAGAUUCUGAAGGAGGCGUAUGAAAGAUUUGCAGGUUCUGACAAGGCUCGCAAAGACGACUCACCCCGCCGUGCUCGUGGGAAAGAGAAGGAGGAGAAACGCCCGCCACGCAGAGGUUCUUCCUCCCCUGUCGCACGCAAAAAAAUCAACACAAGCCCCAACGCCAGCAGACAUCGCGAUUCUUUGAAAGACAUGGAUUCAAUCAAAGAAAAGCGCCGUCAAAAAGAGCACGAUUUAUCACGACCAACGGAUUCCUCUAAGCCCAAAUCUUCUUUAUCCGCCAGACGAGACAGCGAGUCUAGUGGAAUGACACCCAACGAAGACAUCCGAAAAAGACGACUCAUUGCUGGACGUCGCCCACAAGAGCGUAGGCCAAGUCUCUUCUCGUCGGAUUCGCUCUCUGGACGUGAAGAGGCACCGAAGCCGCGUGUUGAUACCGCACCCGACAACACAUUGUCUUUGAAGCGCAUUCGCGCUGAUGGAUCCCCAGAACGAUCUCGUUCACGUGGCACAGAUGGUGAUCGCUUAUCUCCUGAAUCGCGCAAAAAGAAGAGACGCGUUGUCUCCGAAGACAAGUCCUCUGGUGCUACACAUGGUGCACCAAGGCAACCUGAUGAUGCCAGCAAACCCCAUCCUCGCCGACCCCACGAGGAGUCUACUCGAGCUGCCGAACCUCAACCACACAAAUCCACCGACGCCCCCAAGAAACCCCCAACCCGCCCAACUUCACCCCGUCAUGAUCUCGUUAAAAAGAAUGGCGAUAACAAAAAGGAAUCGCACGAGCCCAGAGCCGACACCAUGGAAGACACAAUGGCCGCCGCGAAACGUAUCGAAAUUGAAGCCCAUGAGCGUCGACGAGCCCAGGCCAAGAAGGCACAAGAGGAGCGUGCCGCGAACGAAAAGCGCAUCGCAGACGAAGCCGAACGCGAGCGACUUGUCAAAGAAGAGGCCGAACGAGUGGCGGCUCAGGUUGCCCAUGAUAAAGCCGAAGAGGAAGACCGCAAACGCAAGGAGGUUGAACAACGACGCGCAAAACAAGCCGAAGAUGAUCGUUUGAAGCGGUUGGAGCAAGAACGCGCUCGAGCCGCCAAACUGCGGCGCGAUCGGGAGGCAGCAGAGCAUCGACGCCGUGAGGCACUUCCCAGUCGACUUCGUGUUGCAGCGAACCUCGUUGGGUCCAACAAUCCCCGCGCGAAAAGCCAUGACUGGCUCAAGUCUUUCAUGCCUCUCGUUACUGCUCUCACCCGUCAACUCGAUCCUAGCUGUGGUGUGGAUGUCGCCGAUGAGAAGUGGAUCCCGAACUACCUGGUUGCGCCUCUUUUGGCUACUAAUGAUCUUCAGCUUUCGCAAUAUGCCAGUUGGGAGAAGCGAAAGGCGACACCGACUCAACGUGUGAAUCUGUGGCGAGUCACCCGUCGCAUGUUGACCCAUACAGACGAUGUUGGAUUCCAAAGCUCGAGUAUCGGACAGAUCAUGCAGAAGGAUUGUGAUACGCGCCCCAAGUAUUUUGAGAUGGAACAUGUCUUUUGGAUCCGACUUUCUGAUUUCACAGACCUCGUCCCACACAUCCCUCACCUGCACGGCCUAGAACUGCAGUUCUUGAACAUGCACGUCGAUCCGGAGCCACCGACGGUUGACGCAGGAUUUGGCGCUCCUCAACUGAAUGGCCAUGGCCCGGGAUCCGCGGUCGAAACCAACGGGACCGGACUCCUCAAUGGUUAUGGCCCUUCUAGGUCUAGUACAUACGUCUAG